AUGACAGUCUGUAUCUGUCACUGGAAUAAUGAAAUAUGUGAAUUGGCUUCCCAAGUUGCUUGUUUACCAAAAGAUUAUGGUGAUGUGGCUGACAUCUCUUGUUUUUUUGAGCGUUGGAGUGGGUCUUGGUCACAUCCAGUAUGGUUUCUUCCUGAUACUUUGCUUGUUCGGGCCAUGGCAGGGGCGCCCGGUGUCCAAACAUGCCACAGCUUGUCUGCUUGGUGGUUCUGUGUUCAAGGUGGAGCAUGCCAGGGCAUUGAUAUGUUAUUGAAUUGUGCCGAUUGGGAGUUGAGCACUGAUGAUGAAACUGGUCAUAUGCGUGACUACAUUGAUAACGUCGUCGAAGGUAUCACAUCUCUUAUUGGUGGCCAGGGAAAUCUUGACAUGAGUAAUAUGCUUGGGACCCAGCCAAUAUUGUAUCAAUGCUUACAAGGAAACAUUGGAGCAUCAUAUAGGCGUGUGAAGCAGCACAAAUCUUAUGUUCUUAUCUGA